UAUAUACCAUGCACAUACCCCAUCGCGAUGCCCAUCUCUCGUACGAGAGAGAGAGCGACUAUACAACUCCUUGCCAUCGUCCUCCAGACCUGGGGUUGGAUGCGGGAGUAUUCUCAUCGCUCAGACUGCUGGCCAUCGUCUGAGAUGCAGCCCACAUACCACACAGCACGUCCUACCACCAACACCAUCCACGCUCAUCCCUGGCCCUUCCGUCCGGCAGCUGCACGCGCCGCAUGGCCAGCACGAUAACAUGACUGUCGACCCCCCGCCGCCCCAGCAGCAGCCCGUGGCUGUCGGCGUCGGCGAUGCUGUGCCCGCAACAGUAGCAGCAACAGCACCCGCACUGGACGCCGAAGAAGGCCAGAAAACCAAGGCCGACACGGCAGGGCAAGGCGUGGGCGCCAGUGCAAACACCAGCGACCGCAGAGACACCCGCCCUGGACACUCCACAGACGCGGACGGGGACACGGCGAUGCAGCUCGCGCCGCUAGCCGCUGGCGGACGGCAAGACCUAAGCCAAGGCGGAGGCGAAGGCCAAGCAGCGCCAAAAGGAAAUAGCGCGAAUGGAUCGCAAGAGCAGUCCGAACCUGCUUCAGCAUCAGCACCUGCGCCGCCGCCUGGGCCCCGCACCCAGUCGGCUCCAUCAGCAACGCAGCAGCACCAGCAAGCGCUGGGCGCAGGCGCCGACGAUGGAGCAGCUUCAGCAUUAGCACUAGCACUAGCACCAGCACCAGCACCAGCAGCGGCGGAUCAGGAGCCAGUUUCAGCUCCUUCACCCGAGGAGGGAGAAGUAUCAACUUCAGCAGCGCCAUCGGUGCAGCCUCCAGCUCCUCUUACGACGAAUGCCGACGCUGCGACCUCCGCUGGCCAUCUACACAAGGGCGACAUGCCAUCUGCCCCCGCUGCAGCAGCAGCAUUCGCCGUGGUGUCUGCGCAGCACGACGCACGGGUGUUGGCUGAAAAGCCGCGACAGCAGCCAGCGACAGCAACCGUAAUAGCAGUUUCUUCCGAUGCACCAGUCGCUCCUUCUCCCGCUCCGCCUCCUCCUACCAACGAGACGCUCGUCGCUCCCGCCCAACUGCCGCCAUCAUCAAUGCAUGAUGAGUACCAAGCAAAUGGCCAGCUCGAACGACAACAGCAGGAUUUACCCUUCAGCACCACAGGCGCGCCGGCGCGGCCGGGUGCCAGCGGAGACGGCUAUGUAUCAGCGGAUGGCGCAGCAGCGAGGGGCACAGCUGCGAAGGCGCCCGCGCGCCGGCCCGAAGCAUUGCUCAAGGUGGAGCACGAGGCUGAGGCCGAGGCCAAGACUAAGGUCGAAAGCGCGCAGGUUGCUGCGAGUCAGCGAGACGGCGACUCGGGGGCAAAAAAUGAAGCAGCCGGCGCGGACGCACCCACACUCGCUGCUGCUGCAGAUGUAAACGCAAACACCGACACUGCACCAGCUUCUCCACAGGAGACACUGGCCGCUAGAGGCUCAGGUGUGCAGAUUGAUGCGCGGCAGGACGGCAUAUCGCAGCUGGAACAGCCACAGCUGUCGCAGCAAGGGCUUGGCGCCCGCGCCCGCACAGGCGCAGCGGAUGCGGAAACAGAGCGCACUGCCCCCGGAAGGCGCGUUGCGGGUGCUGCAGCAGCCGUCGCACCAGCGCUGGAACCGUCUCACGUGGUCUCAAGCGCGCAGGGCCCUAUAUUGCAGGGUGUGCGCAGCGAGCGCGGCGUCGAGCACAAGGAGCUGAAGGAGAGGGAGAAUCAGAAGGAACAGGAUUCGGCGCGCGAAAGGGAGCAGGCUUCUCGUGGACGCGAGAAACCGAAAGACAAGGAGCCGACCAGCCGCGAGUGGGAUAGGGAUGGCGAUCGAAAUCGCGUGCGCGAGCGUGAGCGCGACAGAGAACGCGAAAGAGAAAGAGAAAGAGAAAGAGAAAGAGAAAGAGAAAGAGAAAGGGAAAGGCAGAUGAAUGCGAUGCGUGCGAGGAACGAAGCGCAGGCGCAGGCGGCGCUGCAGUUGCAGCGCGAGCGCGAGAUCGAGGAAGCUCGCUUGCUCUGGCUCUCUCUACCAGGCAACGAUCACCCAUCGUACUACUCGGACACGGACGCCUCUUCGCACGGCGGCCGUUCACGCGAAUCGUCCAUCUCCGAAUCGGCACUGAUCGACGCCGAGACGGAGCCGUACCUGCCCGCGCCCUCGCUACUCGCUGCUGUCACUGCUGUCCCUGUUCGACAGCAGCCGCAGCGCGGUGAGCAUGACCUCGACGAGCAACUCGAAGAGAGCGCGACGCGCGGGUCGCUAUCCGAGCCGCUGCCGCGCAGCGCGCUUGACACGGCUGGACCUGCGUCGACCCGACGUCGCGUGUGCAGGCGCGUAGACGGCGGGAACGACUACGUGCGCGGUGCUUACAGCGGUGACGCCUUCGCCGCCGUCGAUGCCGAUGAUGACAACAACGAAGAGCUUGACCUCGAUGACGAGGGCGACGACGUUGAUGACGCAGUCGAUGUAGAUCUAGAGGAUGAGGACGAGCUCGAUGCCAAGCAUCAACGGCUCUUGGAGCUGCACAAAUAUCGCCGUGGCAACCGCGGAAACAAGCUCAAGCGCAGAGAGGGCGUGCGCUGGAUGCGGACCAAGAAGCUCGGUCCUUGGACCGAGGCGAGGAACGAAAAGGAGGUCAACGACCGUAUACGCGUGCGCAUCGCCGCGUUGCAGCGCGCCGGCGUGCGAGCGCUGCUGGACGCUGCGCCGGAGCCAACGCCAAGGAUCAUGGACCCGUCCCUGUCGGAUCCACUGCCGUACGACCAGGACUCGCAGCCGGCGCUGACGUCGACGGCGCUAGCGUCGACACUGCUGCGCCCGAUGCUCAACGCGCGCGCGCUGCUUGAGAGCCACACACUCAAGCACACCUUCCGCAACCCGCACAUCGGUGCGCUGUCCAAGACAGCGCUGGACCUACGCGAGAGCGAGAGUGUCGUCGGCCGUGCUCUCGGCCGUUGCUUCGCCGCGAUGGAGGGCACGACGCUCGACGCGGAGAUCGCAGAGGAAGAGAUGUUGCGCCAGCGCGAGGCGGCGCGCCAGGCGGCGCCACCACCGGUCAUGCCCCUCGUCAUGGCAGCACCCGGGCUGGACGGUGCAGACACGAGCAGCGAGUCUGCGCGCCUGGCCAUCUUUGACAACGACGUCAUCCCUCCCAACCCAGAGCUCGACCCGGCAUUCACGCGCCUUGACAAGCUUUUUGUCACCCCUGGUGGUCUGCCCAUUCCUCUACCUGAGCCGUUGCAGCCGGGCGUCGACCCCGCGACGCAGCCGCCGCCUCCGCCGCCACAGGCUAUCCUGACGGUGACGCAACAGCAGGAGGUCGUGCGCGCCGCGCUGGACUGCCUGCACGAGCUCGCGGCGGACAGCAAGGAGUAUAUCGAGAGGCUCGACGAGGUGCGCGAGCGCCUCGCAUCCGUCAAGCAAAAGCGCAGCGUCGUUUGGCACGCGAUACGCGUCUGGGCCCUCGCGCGCGAUAAGAGGGAGCACGGAUCCUGCGGCAGUGAGGAGAGCGGUGGCGAGGACGAGGGCGACGACCUCGACUACCCUGUCUCGCUGGCGCAGAGGGCACAGCUCGCGGCGCAGGAGCGCAUGAACGGCGACAGCACGCCAUUGCGCAAGCGUGCCGCCGCAGGCGCCGCUGCCUACCUCGCUGCUGUAGACGGACCAUCUACCAGCCGUUCUGGGCCUUCUUCGAGCAAGCGAUCAAGGCACGCAUAGUAAACAACCCGCGCAAGCCUUUGUAUUCAUUCAGCACAAAAGAGAACAGUGUAUAUCAUCGGAGCCAAGUCGUUUGCCAUCAUAGUCAUAAAAUUUGACGCGAGAAAUUGGAGCUACAAAU